AAUCAAUCAUCAUUUGGGCAGAGCGCGCGCAACUGCAUCCGUUUCCAUCUCACGAUAUCGACUAGGCGCGAACGACAACUAACCCUCUUGCGACACACCGUCUCCUCUACACUCGUUUCUCUUUUUCUCCCCCAUUCCUGACCGAUUGAUUAUAGACUCUCGCAGGGAGCUGCGAUGCUCGAUUCGCAGUCCUGUAGAGAGAUCUCGUCGACACCCUACUCAUCGCUAUACAGCGUGCAAAGUGCUGCCAAACCAUCCCGAAGCAGUGGUGCAUUUAGACCUCCAAACCUCUCCGCUCCCGGCGAACCGUCGCGAUGCAUAUUAUAAAGCCCGUGUGGCUGACGCAUGGAGGCGAACGCAAAGACUUUGAAGUUUACAGCUGCGAUGUAUCGCCUGAUGGAAAACGAUUGGUGACUGCCGCCGGAGAUGGAUACGUACGCAUAUGGUCGACCGAGGCUAUAUAUAACGCAGCAGACCCUGCUUAUGCCGAUAAGCCCAAGCAGUUGGCUUCCAUGAGCAACCAUUCCGGUACCAUUCACACAGUGCGGUUCUCACCAAAUGGAAAAUAUCUUGCGUCCGGGGCAGACGAUAAGAUAGUUUGUGUGUAUUCGCUUGAUGCGAAUCCUCCGUCUCAUGCUUCUACAUUUGGCACAGAUGAAGCUCCUCCGGUUGAGAAUUGGCGAACGAUCAGAAGGUUAAUUGGCCAUGACAAUGAUGUGCAAGACCUGGGCUGGUCAUACGAUUCGUCUAUUUUGGUCUCUGUCGGACUAGAUUCCAAAGUCGUCGUGUGGUCCGGGCACACAUUCGAGAAGUUGAAGACCUUGUCUGUACAUCAAAGUCAUGUCAAAGGCAUUACGUUUGAUCCCGCAAACAAGUAUUUUGCUACCGCAAGCGAUGACCGGACCGUGAAGAUUUUCCGCUUUACCUCCCCAGCACCAAACUCGACGGCGCACGACCAAUUGAAUAACUUCGUCCUGGAAACAAAUAUUGUCAGACCAUUCCAAAGUUCGCCAUUGACGGCUUACUUUCGACGCUGCUCAUGGUCUCCUGACGGUUUACAUAUUGCAGCUGCAAACGCGGUGAAUGGCCCAGUGAGUUCGGUGGCUAUACUCAACCGCGGCUCGUGGGAUGGUGAUAUCAACCUGAUCGGACACGAAGCCCCUGUAGAGGUCUGCGCCUUCUCACCAAGAUUGUACUCUAUGCAACCUAUAACAAAGGCCGGCGGCGAACAUCACAAUCUGGUUACCGUCAUUGCUUGUGCUGGAGGUGACAAGUCACUCAGUGUAUGGAUUACAAGCAACCCGCGCCCCAUUGUCGUUGCGCAAGACAUUUCUGCAAAAUCGCUCUCCGAUUUGGCAUGGACUCCUGAUGGUAAAUGCUUGUUUGCUACGGCCUUAGAUGGGACCAUUCUUGCUGUUCGAUUUCAAGAUGCAGAACUUGGAUACCCAAUGUCCUUGGAAGAGAAUGAAAGAUCCUUGACAAAGUUUGGUACAAAUAGGAGGGGAGCUGGUAUUGCAGAGACUACGGAUGGUUUACUAUUAGAAGAGAAGAGCAAAGCUGGAGAGAUCAAAGGUGUUGAAGGGAGAAUGGGCGCCUUGAUGGGUGAUGACCAUGCUUCGACGGAUACCACGGUCAAUGGAACCACUGCUGCUGCUGCUGCCACCUCUACUACCCCUGCAGCACCAACGACCCUCACAAACGGUACAUCAACCAGUGCUUCCGAAAAACAAAAGCCACAGACGAACGGGACAGCCCCUGAGCCUGAGAAGAGCGCGGACAAAGCUAAGGAAAAGCCGGAUGCAUAUCAAGCAAAAUUAGAGCGAUUGAAGCAGCGACCGACAUAUACAAAAGAGGGCAAGAAAAGGAUUGCUCCUCUUCUCGUUUCUGGCGCCGGCGCCUCCGAGUCAUCGCUCCCACAGGCUAGGCUUAUGGCGUCUGCCGCUGUCGCCCAAGCCGGAACUGAUACGCCUCAGUCUGUUCUUGACUUGUCUAAGCCCUUUGAUGGGCUACCAAAGGGGGGGCUAUCGGCGCUGCUUUUCGGGAACAAACGAAAAUUAGCCCAGAUUGAAGGGGAUGAGGACAAUCAAAUAGAGAAGCGGAUUGCGUUGACAAGUCAGAAUGGCGCAACCCCAAUUCUCUCCAACACACUAGAUGGAUUACUGCCUGCUCCAACGCUACCACCGGUUGCAGGACAACAAACUACACCGGAAUUCAUUCGUCCCGCAGUAACGAAUCCCUGCAUGUCGAUUAGCCAAUUACGAUUGGCAGUGCCUAAAAUCCGCAGUCAUAUAUUGCAGGCUUUAGAUAGGAAUGGCAAUCCGACCGAACCAACAGGUGAUUCGAAGCAAUCUCGAGUGGAUAUUGUAUUCGAAGCACGCAAUCCACCACCAACUACAGUCACCGGUCGAGCUACGGAUCGAGAGCCGGUGCGAAUCACAUUGAUGCGUUCUGAUCAACCUUUGUGGCAAGAUUUUCUCCCUAGAUCAGUUUUGCUUGCUACUGGCAACACUGGAAUGUGGUCUGUUGCCUGCGAGGACGGGUCAAUCUAUAUCUGGACACCCGCAGGGCGUCGUCUUGUCAGCGCACUUGUUCUCGAGGCACAACCAGUUAUGCUUGAAAGCCAUGGACCGUGGCUAUUAUGUAUCACCGCCGUUGGCAUGUGUUAUGUCUGGAACGUCAAGUCACUCUCCUCUCCCCACCCUCCUGUUUCUCUUCAACCCGUUUUGGACGCUGCUCUCCAUGCCCAAACAGCUCAAGCCAUUCUCGCACCAGCCAUAACAGGCGCUCGAAUCAACUCCGAGGGCCGCAUAGUAGUAGCUCUAUCUAACGGCGAAGGCUACAUCUAUUCCUCGUCUAUGUACACAUGGCAACGAGUUUCAGAAGCCUGGUGGGCCGUGGGCAGUCAAUAUUGGAACACAACUGAUGCCUCUGUUGGCAAUUUGCAAUCCCUCAGCAACCAGAAUGGGGAUGACUCCAAGACCAAGAUUUCGGCCGGUAUCAUUCCAUUCUUGGAACGAAGCACAACCAGCGAAACCUUGCUUCGUGGACGCGCCUAUUUCCUCCAGCGUCUUAUCAAGGUCUUGCUCUCGCGAGAAGGGUACGAGAGCUUUGAGUCGAGUGUCUCAAUCGCCCAUCUUGAAAACCGCAUGGCAGCUGCUCUUUCAUUGGGCGCUAAAGAGGAAUUCCGGCUGUAUCUGUCUAUGUACGCGAAACGCAUUGGAGCGGAAGGCCUACGCAGCAAAGUAGAGGAGCUCUUGAAAGCUCUCGUAGGGGGCAUCUUCGAGGAUGAAGACGAUAUCCCGCAACGACUUUCGCAGAACGAGAAGGAGGGUCGGAACUGGUCGGAGAAUUUAGAUAGUCUUUGUGGAUGGCCACGCGAUGUGCUUCUCAAAGAGGUCAUUGUUGCUCUCGGCAAACAUCGAGAUCUUCAACGUGUCACUGUCCCUUACGCCAAGUUACUCGGUGUUGUUGACGGAGAAGUAGCAGAAGGCGAAGCUAUGGAGAGAUGAAAGUAGACAAAUCCUAUAUAGCGGGGUUUACAGACAGUUUUACAGAUGGCUUUACAGAAUCGGACCAGGCGUUGAAUAGGCGGGGGCGGAUUUUGCUCAUUAUAUCGUUAUAUAUGUGUUUGUAUGUGUGCAGGGAUCCGGAGAUUCAAUACCUAGGUAUGAAUAGGAGCUCUUCGUUGACUCCUACAACAAAUUUAUGUUCUGCAUGGCAUGGGAGAUCAUUUUCAUUCGACUAUAUGAAUUUUGAUCCUGGGGGCGUUCAGUUUAUCUGGCUUUUAUCAACUACUACUAGUACUACUAUGUGGUUUUGGCUGUGUAAUAACAUAUACCUUGGCAACGCUUCGGCUCUUCUACUUUGUUGUUCUAGAAUACGUGUACAUAUGUACCUGUAGAUGUGCCUGCAAUAGCAAGGAAAACUAGUUUAUCGG